AGCUUCCCCUACAAUCGGGGAUCCGAGCGCCAUUUGCCCAUUCUGGACGGAAGAACGCUCGAGGUAAGGUGUGGCCUGCAGCAGGCUGGCUAGAAGGCCACGAGUGAGUGACAGAGAUAGUCUGCCGUGUGCCUGGAACGUUGAAGGAGGACGGACAGUUGGAGGAAAGCGAGAGGAAGACAGAAAGGAAAGACGCACGGAGAAUCGUAGCCUGAAGCUCUCUGCUGCUCUCUCCGUGGCUCCGUCGGUCGAGAGUUGACAGAGAAGGAGAGACGUAAGAGAAGAAAGAAAAAAAAAAAAAAGAAACGAAGAGCAGGAAGUCGGUACGCCAACCGAGGGAAGACGCGUCGAGCGAUGUUGGAGGGAUUUGUGAGGUGAGGGCGACGGUCUCGAGUCGCGCAGCGCCGAGAUACGCGACCAAUCUCCUGAACUAAAGCACCUCGUUCACUCGGAUUUGAAUCGACCGUUCACAGCGGUUCCAGUGUGCAGCACAGCAUCCCUGUGUUGGUCAAGUUGAGAAGGGAAAGCUAGAUCUGAGAACGUAGUAUCUGGUGCAGGCUGCGUAUUAUUCUGUCGAAUGCACGACGAUAAAAGAAAACUGGACGACGAAGAGAAAAGAGGAUUCAUAGCAAGGAGAAGAACAGAUGUACAUAUACACUUGUCGUUUGUUUCAUUGUGAAAGAGAUGAGAGGGUAAUGCUAACAUUAUGUUCUUUGUAAGAUGUGAUAUGAUGUCGGUUUAAUUGUUGAUGUGAUCGUCGAGAUAAACAAGCAGAAGGAAGUGUGUACUGGCCAGAGCGCGUGGGAUCAUGCAUUUGUCGGAUGGGCUGAAACAUUCCGCGGCCGUGGCGUUAAUUAGACCUGCCGUCUUUAUUUACAAAAGAAUCAAUAAUCGAGACAAGCUGUUAGCGGUGGCAGUAGCGGAGAAGAAGGAGGAGGAGGAAUAGAAAACACGGCAUCGAGGUGCCGCAGAAAAGUGAUGGGAACACGUGAGAAAACGUCGGAUUACGACACGUAUACGCCUGUAUGAGGCUGGUGGAGGACGUCAAACGUCUGAAUGCCUCCCAAGAACGUAUUCUAUUAUACAACUUCAAGUGCCAUUUCGUAUUUGAUAAAUAAUUAAGAGCAAAUGUACAGGACGCAUGCAUGCAGGAUGCGCGCGUUCGCUGAAUGUACAUGCACAUUUAUUUCACAUUACCCACAGUUACCAAUAAACAUGUAGUGGGAAAAUUGUUGUCCUGUGGAUUACGACUCUGGGCAGAUGUUAUAUGUAUACACUGACCAUUUCGUAGAAACCAAUGGUACAGCAUUAUUUGAAAGUGCCAUAUCAAAGAGAUUUCUUUCGACAUUGUCAUGUCUCAGGUGUUUGUCUGUUUUCUUUCCCUUAAUAAUUUUUUUUUUUUUUAAUGCAAUGGGAAAUGAUAAAUUCAUCAAUAAGGAGAUUAUGUUUGUAAGAACAAGUGUGCUUUAAAAAGAGAGAAAUUGAAGGCCAAAGAAGCAUCAGGAAUUCCAGUUAAAGUUUACAACAUGCCAGGUGGAAAUAUGGAGGAAGAUUUGGUGGAUCCUGACUGGCUUUUCAGGCAACUUAGGUCAUUAGAUGGUCCAAACAAACUUCUCAUCUUAGAUUGUAGAGCACAUUCUGAUUUCUCUGAAGCUCAUAUUAGAGGCUCUGUACCCUUAGCUAUACCUAGCAUCAUGCUAAGACGGCUAGCAGUUGGUAAAGUUGAUCUGCUGUCAACAAUAAGGUGCUUAGAUCUAAGAAACAGAGUGAAAGUGUUUCUGUGUGGUGAUGAAAAUAGUAGAGGAACAUUCAUAUUGAUUGGUGACUCUACAGACCCUGCAGGGCAUCAGGGUGAAACAAUUCAAGUUUUAAGUCGGAGACUUAGAAAUAGUGGAGGAUAUGUUGCUAUUUUAGUGGAUGGUUUUGGAGCAUUCAGAGAUAGAUACCCUGAAUGGUGCGAAGGUAAUCAAACUAGUAGUGAAGGUCCUCCAGGACAAGAUUCCAAUGAAGGUGAAUUAAUGGGUCUUAGGUCACUUAGAAUUUCCACACCACCUACAAGAUCAUAUUCAGAUUCUGACAGCGAUAGCACAUGUGAUUCAGUCGGACCCGAGGAGGACAAAGACUUUCCAGUUGAAAUUCUACCCCAUUUAUACCUUGGAAACGCAGCAAACAGCGAAGACAGAGAAGCCCUGGCGCGUCAUAGAAUACAAUACAUUCUGAACGUAACCCCAGAUUUGCCAAAUGUAUUUGAAAGCGCUGGUUCGAUAAAAUACAUGCAAAUACCCAUAAGCGAUCACUGGAGCCAGAAUUUAGCUAGUUUCUUUCCGCAAGCAAUUCAGUUCAUUGAGGAGGCUCGAAGUUCAGACAAGGGAGUGCUGGUUCACUGUCUGGCCGGAGUAUCUCGAUCCGUCACUAUCACCGUAGCUUACCUUAUGCACAAGUGUAGUCUCAGUUUGAACGAUGCUUUCAAUUUGGUGCGCAGUCGAAAAUCUAACGUUGCUCCAAACUUCCAUUUUAUGGAGCAAUUGCACAGUUUUGAGAAGGAGCUAAAGGAUAGAGGCGACAGAAGUAGCAGGGGAAAUGAUCAAAGGUGUAUUGGAGCAUGCCGACCCGGAGGACCAUGUAAUUGUCCAGCUCCCAGUUUCCUCAGUCCUAUAGAUCUGGGCCUUAGUCCAGACUCCGGAAUAGAAUUCGACAGGGCAUUCCGAAACUUCUAUUUCCAAGAUGAAAAUUCGGGGUCGUCGUAGAUGCAUACAAGAAAAAAAAAGAAAUUCUGACUACGGAACGGAAAAGAAUUGAUAAAAAAAAAUUGGCGUUACUAUGAAUUAAACAAUUGAAGAAAAAAUUAAAAAUACAGUACCUACGUAUGUAUGGGUAUACAUAGGUAUAUAUACACAUAUUAUACCUCAGAAUUCUGAUAAAGAAAUUUAUUUAUAAAGAUGUUUUUGUACGACAGUCAUGAUUCUUACAUCAAUACAAAAGAAAAAAAAGAAAAAGAAACUGAUUAAUUAUAAACACACAUAUACGACGAUGUACAGCAAUUUGAAGUACUAAAAAAAUUUUUAAUUGUGCGAUCCAGUACUCUUUCUAUUGUCUUAGAUCUCAGAUUAUAUAUUUCAAAUUAUUUUUGUAAGAAAAAAAAACAAAGAACGAAAAAAGAUAACGGAAAUCGCAUAUUCACAUUCCCACGAACCACAAAUGACCUGACGAUACUAUAAAAAAAGAAACAAAGGAUAAAAAAAAAUUAUCUUUCGUGUACUGUAUGUAUUAUUCAUCGAGCAUAAUUGAAGUUAAUAAUGAGUGUACACAGUGAAUGUUAUUAUUUUUCAUCGUAAUUAAUUACGAAGUUGUGGUAAUCAUCUCUCAGCUUAUUCGCGAGAGUGAAUUGAUAUACAAUUAAAGAAAACAAAAAAAAAGUAUAUAUAUAUAUACAUAUAUAUACAUAUAUUUGACGUUAAUGUAAUAACAAUAUUCUACUAUUACACUGUUGUCUGUUGUAUGUUUGUCGGGCAAGACGCUCGAAAAAUUUAAUCAAAUAUUAUGUAUAUUACAUAAAUUAUUAUUUUAUAUUCAUCGUUGUACACAUAUUUUAAAUGAUUAAUUUUCAUUUCAAAAUACACAGUUUAUUUUAUCUGAACUGAAAUGAAAAUAACUAAUUUUUAUAAAAAGAACAAAAAGAAAAAAAAAGAAGGAAGGAAAGAAGGAAGCGGCACGUGUUUUCUUUCUCGGAUAAACGAAGAUGUCUCUUAAAUAUGGCAAAAUGUACUUUUAUUAGCAAUGAGAUAAUUAUAAUGUUUAAACCAUCAGAUUGCAAAAAAUAUAAGAAACCUAUUUAACGCAAUAUUGGUAAAAUGUUUGUUAAUUACAAUACUUAAUUGUUCGAAUCUUGGAUUCCACGUGCAUUUUUCUUGCAAUUUUUUUUCUAUCUUUUAUAUAUAUUUAAAUAAUUAAACUAAUUAUCUGUUUUGAACAAUUUGCCAACUUGUUCGUUGAAACUGUAGUUUCUGACAUAGUUUGAAGUAUGUUUAAUGCAACUUCCGAUUGUCGUACCGCUUUUAUUAAAUUAUUUUGAUCCUCUGAAUUUGAUGUGCUUAAAAGUGUUCCCAUUGCAACGAGAGUUCUGAACACUGCUUCAGGCUCAUUUAACAAUGGUAACAAUGAGAACAUUGCAUUCAGACAUUGUGUUUUGCCGAGAGCAUCAUUGUAUUUAUUUAGAGCCACGGUUAAAUUCAAUAUAUAAGUCGAAAUUGCUACCUGAAAAUAUCCAAAUGGAUUGAUUUCAUUGAAUCGUAUGAUAUAAAUCUUUUGUACUAAUAUAUAAAUCUUUAUUCUUUCAUGCUAUCCAUACCUGGUUAUUUUUGUUUGUAAGUGAUUCCAACUCCGAUAAAAGUUUCAGUAUGUCAUCUUUACAACUAAGACAUAAUUUUUCUCCUUUUUCAUGACUGAACAUGUUCGCCAGCAAGCGGAAAGUAAGCAUCUGAUUGGAAGGAAGAGCGUCGGAUUUGAUAUGCCUCUUUACAAUCUGCAGAAGUUCCUCUGUGCAUAGUAUAUCAUUCAAUUCUCUACAGAGUACUGCAAGUCUAGUAAUAUCGAGUACAGGAAACAACACAUCAUCUGACCAAUUCAAGAGUGUUUGUAAAGUGUUCAAGGCAUCGGUUUUCAAUUGUUCAGGUGCUUGGUCACCAACAAGUUUCACCAAGCAUUCCAAUUUAUCACUUGACAGCUUGAGAGAAUCGCUUUGUUUAUCAUUUAGUUCCUUUAUUUUUUCUAUAAAAAAAAAAAAUACUAAAUUAAUUUAUUAUAUUAAUUAAUGUAUGAGACAUCAGCAAUAGAAAGUACAAGUACCUAGAAUUUGAGAAAGAUUAGCCUGUUCCAAUUUCAGGUAUUUUGUAUGAGGAAUAUAAGAAGGUGUGGAUGCAUCUGAGGAAUUUGGUGUGUCUGGUCUCGUGGAUUCUUGCGAAGCUGUAUUUGCUGUCGAUUGAGGAAUGUAUCUACUGCCUCCUGUGAAAGGAUCAGCAUAUUGAGCAUCAGGUUUCGUAACUGGUGCAGAUUGAGAAUUUUUUAUUAUAAAAUUUGCAACCUAUAAAU